AUGAGCGACGCAGUAGACACCGUUCUCGAAUCCAUUCCCAACCCCGCCGCCGUCCUCGACACCCCGAAAUCAUCUUUCAUCUCCAAUGCAAAAUCCUUCGCAUCGGGCGGUUUCGGCGGUAUCUGCGCCGUCCUCGUCGGUCACCCCUUCGACCUCGUCAAAGUACGAAUGCAGACCGCCGCGCCGGGCGUUUAUAAGGGCGCUCUCGAUGUAGUCAAGCAGACCAUCGCAAAGAGUGGUGCGACGGGUUUGUAUGCGGGUGUUGGUGCGCCAUUGGCGGGUGUUACCCCGAUUUUCGCGGUUUCGUUCUGGGGAUACGAUGUUGGAAAGAGACUAGUCCGUCAAUACCACGGAUACGAUGAGAAGGCUCAGCUCUCCACGACCGAUAUGGCAAUCGCUGGAUUCUUCUCCGCGGUACCCAUGACUAUCCUCACAGCCCCCUUCGAGCGCGUCAAGGUCCUCCUCCAAAUUCAGGGUUCGGGAUCUGAGAAGAAGUAUAACGGUUCAUUUGACGUCAUGAGGAAGCUCUACCAGGAGGGUGGUCUCCGCUCCGUUUUCCGUGGAUCCUUUGCUACGCUCGCGCGUGAUGGACCCGGGUCCGCGGCAUACUUCGCUACCUACGAAAUCCUCAAGAAGAAGUUGACCCCAGAAGACGCUGAGGCACCUCCAUUGAGUGCUAUCAUCAUGGCUGGUGGAAGUGCUGGUAUUGCUAUGUGGACAUUGGUGUUCCCUAUCGACACCAUCAAGUCCCAGUUGCAGUCUGGUGAGGCGAGGAGCUUGAGCCAGGUCUGCAGCACCCUCUACAGAAAUGGCGGUAUCAAGGCUUUCUUCCCUGGUAUCGGACCGGCAUUGUUGAGGUCUUUCCCUGCGAACGCGGCUACGUUCGCCGGUGUUGAGUUUGCUGGUCGUUUCUUGGACACCCUUAUUUAA